AGUGGUUUGCAACAAGUGGUUUGGUUUUCAUUAGAUCGUCUCGACACUGACCCCCUGCCCCAUCCGCAGUAAUAUGAAACCAGCCCUCUGGCAGGCGCACAGUGCGGAAGAGACCAGAGCUGCUGGUGCUGGUGCAGUCUGCGCCUCUCCUCCGCAAGAUCCGCAUCUUCCACUGCGCUGCCGCACAGCUGCACCACAAGACAACACCGGGCGCAAUGGCCAGGGAGUAGACGGUGAACCUGUGUAGUCUUCACUGAGGGAUUAUUGUUUUUUGUGUGGGUUUCUGGAGGUGUAAAUCGCAGCCAUGGUGUGCUGUCAGACUCGCAGAAGUUUACGCAGAAGCGUCUGGGGCUUCGCUCCUCUGCUGGCCGCCGCGCUGCUCAGCCUCGGGAUGCAACCAACCACUGCGUUCCCCUCCUGGAGGUUAGAGGAAGAAGCUUACACCACUGUGCUGCUCAUCAGGAUCCGCAAAGAGGCCAGGUCACAAGUGCUUCACCUCUCCAGGAACAAGCGCUACACCCUCACCCCGGAGAAGCUCAAAUGGGACGAGUUCAAGCUAACAUACAAGUUGCUCUCCUUCCCUACAAACUUGAUAAAUGCCAGCGACACUCGCCGAGGCAUUGCCAAGGCUUUUGGCGCGUGGAGCGACGUCUCGCCGUUUACCUUCAGAGAGGUGCCAGCUGACCAAGAAGCAGACAUUAAGAUUGGCUUCUAUCCCGUCAACCACACAGACUGUCUGCAGUCUUACUUGCACCAUUGUUUCGAUGGCAUCACAGGAGAAUUGGCGCAUGCAUUCUUCCCGUCAACAGGCGAGAUCCAUUUCGACGACCACGAGUACUGGAUUCUAGGAAACAUGCGCUUUAGCUGGAAGAAAGGUGUUUGGCUGACGGAUCUUGUCCAUGUGGCAACUCAUGAAAUUGGCCACGUACUGGGACUCAUGCACUCAUUGAACCCUAAGUCCAUAAUGCACCUGAAUGCAACUCUGACUGGGCGCAAGCUCAUCACACAGGAUGAGGUGUGGGGUAUUCACCGCCUCUACGGAUGUUUGGACCGGUUAUUUAUCUGUCCUGCCUGGGCUCGGAAAGGCUAUUGCGACAGUAAGCGCAGGCUGAUGCAGAAGCACUGCCCCUCCAGCUGUGAUUUCUGUUACGAAUUUCCUUUCCCCACUGUGGCUCCCACCCCGGCGGCACGGAGGACCAAACACAAGCUGGUGGUCGAGGGCAAGAAACUCACUUUUCGUUGUGGGAAGAAAAUAGCAUCGAAGAAAGGAAAAGUAUACUGGUACAAGGACGGGGAGCUGCUGGAGUUCUCCCACCCAAACUACAUUUCCUUGAAAGACGACCACAUCACGAUAGUGGCCAACGCCAUCAACGAAGGCACGUACACCUGCGUUGUGAAGAAAAAGGACAAAGUUCUCACAAACUACUCGUGGAGAGUGCGUGUGCGCUUCUAAAAGGCCUCCGCGCACACAAGGAGACUUCACUCACUAGGGCACAUAUUUCUUCUGUAUCUUUCAAAUACAACUGUUAAUUGUCAAUGUGUGAACUGGUUUUGUGAAAAGAAUAAAUGUUCUGUGACAAGUA